GGCCGAUGACCAGUUAGGUCUCCGUGUUUAAGGAUAAUCAUUGAAGUGUUUCAUCGAUUCCAGUGAUAUGACUCAUCCUGGUUUAUCCAUCAUCAAGUUACCAACUACAGAUCUUGUAUCAGGUAACAACUCGAUAGAAAGUGCGGGAGAAAAAGUCGCUCAGCGUGUCGUGUUAUUUCCAAAACAAAGUAACUCAGGAAGCCAACUUAUUUGGCGUGGCGCUUGUUUGCAAAGUAUUUUGAGUGAUGUGCCAAGUCAAAAUACUCAGUCUAGUGUUGGACAGCUAGGUAACAACUUUGGAGAAACCUUACAAAGAAAGAUAGUCAACAUAAACCCGUUUGAAGAUAAACCUUUAUCUUUGUCAUUGACGUCGGUUUGGAAUCAAAAUCAACAAGAUGCUACUAGCGAUGGGAUUUGUCCCCUGAAUUCAAAAAACAAAAACUUGAAGAGACCUAGGAAUGAAUCCAACCCUAAUAAUCCUGAAGGUAACAGUGAUUCAUCUGAAGAAAAAUCAUCUACAAAAGUCCGAGCAACCAAACCUCGCAUUCGGUCACAAACGAAACGUUCAGGGCGGCGAAAUGCUCCAAAACCUGUACAACAACCCCUUCUUCUAACCUUGCGACCUUUUCAUCCACCUGGAAACUUAUUACUUCCUGCAUUUGAUCUAAUGUCUAAGUUUGAUGGUUUAGUUUCAUUUGAAAAUGACAAAUUAGUAACAAAUAAUACUUCGAGUAGUUUAUCAACUAUCAAUGAAGAAAAUAUUGAAGAGACAUCAACAACACUUAAUGCUUCUGUAUCAACUACCGGUCGGAUGAAAAGUAGUGCAGGAAUAAAUGAUAUCGACUUUGAGGAAUUUAAGCAUUAUAGACGUCUCAAUGGGUAUUCACUUUUCGUACAUGUCAAUAAGAAAAAAUAUGGAUCAUUUCCAGGCUCGACACUCGUUGAUGAUACAAAUGAUGCCAAUGAUAACAUGCAAACUGGCCUUGGUAUCUCUAGUUCAGGAAAAGAAAGCCAGAAAUCCAAUCGUAGAUGGCAGGCUUUGUGGUUAACAGUGCCAGAAAAAGUUAAACGCGAAUGGAAAAACAAGGCAAAGCGUCUUUUAAAACAAAUUGAACAGCAUGGAAAACGAGAAGUUCUAUCCGAAGAUAGAAAAUUAAGAGAACGUGAUCGUUUGGAAGUUCAACUCAGUCGCACACAAACAACAUUUUAUAGUUUGCUUGAUCUGGCCGCUCAUUUCCAGCUUUUAAGUGAUCGAUUUGCAACAUUUUCUAAAAAUGUUAAUGAUUAUGAGGGACCAAUUGACCCUGUAGGUGUAGAGUCGUUACUACUCGAUGGCUUAUUAACAUGUUUAAUCCCAUUGAUUGCGCUAACAAAUGAAUUGGAGCCAUUCACAGAAGUUCCUGAUCGUAAAGCUAUAUGUGACGCUUUAACCAAUUUAACUUUUAUCGCUCCAUUUUAAAAUACGAAAAUUAAAUACAUUCAUAUAAAGUUUUGUAAAUAUAUCCAUGUUAUCCCAUUUUAAGUGUAAAAUAACUGUGUAAAUAAACCUUUUAUCACUAUCAAGGUUUUUUGACCAUUUUGUUUCUUUAUAGUUUGUGUUUUUAGGGUUUUUUACUUGUCAAUAAAGUAGAUCUCUAAUGUUUACCUUUUUUAUCGGUCAUUAUUUAAAGAAAACUUGAUUUGCUAGCUAAUUUUCUUUUUCUUGUUGGAUUUAAUGAAGACUGGGAUAUUGUUUGAAAACCCUGAAUCUCUAACUCAAAUAAUGAAUUUUGAGUUUUCAUGUUAGUUCGUCACCGAAAUAGAUGUAUUUCAGUCAUUCUUUUGUAAUUAUUGACCAUAUUUACAGCAUUAGUUUAGUGAAAGUAUUUUUUUAUAACUCUACUGACUGAAUCCUACUUACACGUUUAACAUGUCUCAUUUGUGAUAAUUUGCGAUACAACUAAGUUCCUUAAUGCUAUUUACGUCGUGUCAGUUUCAAAUUUGCGACUUAAAGGUUGGAAGCCUUGCGGCACUGAACAAUCAUAUAAUAUGAUGUAGAAAUGAGUGGUAAAUAGAAAUUGAAAAUUUUAUGGAUUUCAAUCUGUUGUUUGGAACGUGCACAACAGAACUCUUCAUCCGUAUUCUUGAUAUUUGUGUGACAAUAUUUGCCUGACGGUUCUCGAUGUAUGUUGCUUUUCUUGUAUGAAGAAAUGUUUCUCAAGCACUUGUACAGAUCUUUAAGCCUAUUGUGUUUAGUUUAUCAUUAAUUCAAUUGUAGCUUAUUAGAUUACCUGGUGGAGUUUUGAUUUUGUGCUAUUUGUGAAGCGGAAGUUAGCUAAACAUAGAUGGUCAAAUAAUCAAUAACUAACUCAACUUAGUAAAUACUUGGUCGCAUACUUGACUUUGAGCUAAAACGUUUUAUUUGUUUGUUACAGAUAAUUUCUGGCUCCUCAAAAUACAAUCUGUGAGGUUUUGGUUUGAAUUUACAAAAAUAAUUGCCAGAAUCUCAGUAUUCUGACCAGUUAUUUGGUUAAACCGACAUAAGCUUUUGUCAGUAUUAGCUUUCUAACCUAACUAAACGUUGAACUUUAUGAAAUCCAUGUACUCGAUCUGUCAUCUCUAAGUAUUUUAUACUUGUAACAAACCAAAGCUUCCAAAUAAAUUCCCGCUACUGUUUUAAUGUUUUUUCAAGUUUGUUCAUUUUACUUUUAUUCGAAAUCCUUAUAAAAAGGACUCCUUAUUUUCGGGGGUGUUGAUUUUCUUCAUUUUACUUAGAUAAAAUCAAAGAACUUACUCCAUUCUCUUUUCACACAAGUUGACUUUGUCUAGUACAGUUUGGCAACUUGCAGGCAGUUAAUACAAAUUCUGAUAACUCUAAUUCAAUCAAAUUGAAGUAUGAUGGAUUAGUGGAUGAAAAGAAUAGAAUCGAAAAAAAAUUAUCGGAAUUAAGUGAAAUACUUCGUCAGAAUGGCAAUGUUGGUAUGGAUACCCCAUUAGUUGAUGAUGAAGGCUACCCACGCUCUGAUAUUGAUGUGGCUCUUAUACGAAUAACGCGAAACAAUAUCCAUUGUUUAAAUACAGAUCAGAAACAAAUAAUGCUUGAAUUGGAAAGUGUUUUACAUGAAAUACAUGAAUAUGCUCGUCAAAAUCCAUUUGAAAAUGUUUUAACUGAUGGAAAUGCUUGUUCCAGUGAGAAUAAACUAAGUGAAGAUCAAUCCACACAGAUUGUGAAGAAACCUUUCCUUAAAAUUGAUCAGAUAUCACCUAAUUCAAUAGCGGAACAAGCAGAUUUAAAAGUUGGAGAUCGAAUAGUUCAAUUUGGCUCAGUAUCUGCUGACAAUUUCAAUUCAUUACAAGAUAUAUCUACUGUCUUUAGAAAUACAUCUCCCGGUAGCUGUAUUCACAUGUCCAUUGUUCGCGGCGACAGUAUGAUAAAUGUGCUUUCUAUUUCGUUGUUGAAACCAGCUGAAAAUGCCAGUAUAGGGAUGCACGUUGUUCCUAUUUAUAGUAAAAAUGAUUCGAUGUAAACUUUCUGUUAUGUGUAUUCGUUGUUGAUGAACAAAGAUUCUUUUUGAUAUAUAUAUAUAUAUAUAUAUAUAUAUAUAUAUAUAUAUUCAUUUAACUUGCUAAUUUGAGGUCUUUUGAAUUUCUUUUGACUAAAGUAGUAUUCAGAAGAAAUGUAUCAAGGUGGUACUGAUAUGUAUGUGCAAAAUCACUCACUCACACCAGUACUUUCAUAAGACUGUCCAUAAUUACCAGCGUAAGUUUAGUUAAGUAUUUUAAUGUAUUGUCACGUGAAAUUCUCCGUAGAAUCAUUUAAGUUCACAAAUAUGACUGUUAAGUCUAUCGAAGCGUCCAAGUCACCCGAUUGAGAUACGCGCAAAACCGAAGUUUCCAAAACAACGAUUUGUCUACAAUAGCAGUUCUUUAUUAAAUAAUACACAAAAUUUAGUUACAAACCUCAACUUGUGAGGUGUCUAGGCGUUUAAACGCGUCCUUCAAGAAUGAAAAUAACAAAGGCUUCCUGUAAGAGUAACAUAAAGAAUAAUUAUAACAUACGAUAGUACAAAGACAGCCGAUAGCUGUGUCUAAAUUUGAUAACAGUUUAUGAGCAAACGAAACUCGAACCAAGAGCAAAACAAUAUGGAAACGGAUGCGUUUGAAAAAAUGCACAAAACUGUGGAUAACGGCCACAGCGAUUAAGAUACAGUAAUUAUAAUGAUAAAUACAAUGAUAAGUACAAUAAACGUUAUAAGUAUAUGUGAACAUUUCAGAAUAUUACAGCACAACUUGCGUUACAAUCUAAGUUUGAAAAUUGUUGGGAAUACAACUGCUUACUGAAUGUAAAUAAGUAGUAUAAGACAAUAUACAAAAGAGUAGGAAGGGGACGAGUAGGAACAAUGUAAGACAAACUUAACAAUGACGUAUUGUACUCCCUUUACCCCAGUUGGAUUUAUGAGAAUUAUACUCAUAGGUCAUUUUUUCCAUUUCAUAGAUAAGGAACUGUGUCCACAUACAGACCUUACAUUCUUUUUCUUAGACUACUGAUGUAGCGCAGUAUGAUGUAACUUUCAGGUUUCGCUGUUGACAUUAUUAUAUCGUCCCCCAAUCUUACAUAUUUUAGUUGCCUUUAUUAUAGGUUUCAGGUAUUUAGGCAAUUUAAAAUUUUUAGACAAUUUAGCACACAGAAACUGGUUGGUGAACUGUGCGCUAACUACUAAUAGUUUGAUGAGCCGUGUUUAUAAGUAAGUGGAUGACUGUUCUAAGUGCAAUGCAUGAGUACGAUCGGUUGAUUAUGGGGAUGGGGAGUUUUCAUCACCAUGUACUUGGCAACUCAUUAAUACUGAUCGAGUUUGUAAAGUGAUCCUGAAAGGUAAUACUAAAUCCCCUACCUGAUCGUCACCAGACACUACAAUAUACAGUGGAUAAGUCAAGUGUA